CGAGGCGCUCUCAGCCGUGCGCCUCCAGCCACCAUCAUUGCCAAAAUCAACACGCUGGCAUUUUAAUUGGUUUUUUCAAUGGCGGAUAUUCCCAGGGAACGAGUCUCGGCAGGCACAGCAUGGGUUGCGAGUGGUCACUCGUACAUGAAAGAGCAUGGCCUUGUUUUGCAUAGAGGGGCCCAAAUACCCCACUUCAGACGUGGCCGCACUUUGACUUUCAAGCUUACCUUCGCUGCACUGCAGGACAGUCCCUCCUUUACUUUCUCUUCAUCUAAGCUUGAAGAAACAAGUUCGAGUCUGUUGCGAUGGCAGAAACUGGAGCACCAUUAGUAGCGGCCGACGAGGCUCCAGCCUAUUCUGCCCCCACGCUUGACCCAACUGCUCCUGUCGCGGCUCCUUUAGAAUUCUAUAACGCUGAGGCUGAGGAUGCCGAUUCUGGCUAUCCGGGGCCAACAAGGGUGAGACGGGCCAGCACCUUACCUUCAUCGAUUCUGAAUUAUCGCAAAGAGAAUGGGAGGACGUAUCAUUCUUACGGUUCGACGGAACAUUGGGGACCAAACGACGAGGCUGCUAAAGACCAGCAGGAUCUAAGUCACCACUUCUGGACUCUGCUCCUCGAGGGUCAGUUCUACCUAGCUCCAAUUAAACCUCCGAAGAAGGUUCUCGACCUCGGAACAGGCACCGGAAUCUGGGCCAUAGCCAUGGGCGACGAAUUCCCCGAAGCAACUAUUACAGGAACAGACCUCUCCCCCAUCCAGCCCUCUUGGGUCCCACCAAACUGCCACUUCGAAAUAGACGACUUUAACAAGGAGUACGGGCGUGAGAAUUCGUAUGACCUGGUACACACACGCGAACUGCUUGGCACGAUACCGAACUGGGUUGAUUUCUUCAAGAAGGCUUAUGCCGCCCUCGAACCAGGCGGCUGGAUAGACUGCACCGAGCCCGCCAUAAAACUCGGCUCAACUCAUUACGCCUUCCCGGCCUCGCACCCGUGGGCAAUGUGGUACAGCAUUUUCACCGCCAUAGACGCGAAAUCCGGGCUUGCCUUCGACAUUGCUCCCAGCUUAAAAUCCGCGAUGCAAGAAGCAGGCUUCGUGAAUAUUAUAGAGAAGAAAACGAAUGUGCCGAUUGGCAAGUGGCCGAAGGAUAAGAGGCAGAAGGAGCUGGGAGCGUGGAAUCAGUUGAGGAUUGAUACGGGGUUGAGAGAUUUUGCGGAGAGGAGGCUAAAGACGGUUAUGGAGUGGGAGAAUGAUGAGAUUUUGGUGUUGGUGGCGAAGUGUCGGGCUUCUGUGCAGGAUCCGAGGGAGGGGUUGUGUCAUGAUAUAUAUCAUGUUUAUGGCCAGAAACCUGAGAGGUGUGUAGAAGCGGGCCAGCUUAAAUAGGCAAACAGUUCCAAGCUUUCCAGAAUUAUGGCGAAAUCUCACCACUCGAUAGGGAUCUUCGAUAAGGAUCAUAGGAACACUCGCAGGCCAGAUAUAAUUUGAGAUAUUAUAGAGAGGAUACAGUAGGCUUUGGCGUGUUUUCGGGCGUAAUCCAGGCCAUCCUACAGGCCGGUUAACGAGUGUGCGUCCUCCUUCAAACUUCACUUUUUAGAAACUACGAGCCAUACCGUGUAUCCAUACUCCAGAAUGUCCGCUAAACGCCAAUGCAGAGUUGCCGGAUGUCGAAUCAUUGCCUUCGAAUUUGACUCGCUUCAUUCGGAGGGACCACAUUGGAAAGGGUGUGCAUGAAUAAGAG